AUGGAAGACGAUAAUCUAAUUCUCCUUUUGAAUACAACUAAAUCUGAACAAACUACACCUAAUCAACAAAAACGUGAACCAUUAGUAGAAAUAGUCGAUAAUGAUGAUCAUGAUUCAGUAGUAACAAUGACUUGUUUAAAUGAUCGUAUUCCACCAAUACCAUCAAAUAAUUCUAAACGUCAUUUUGAUGACAUUAAAUUAGUUCGACCAUCAUCAGCUACAAGUCAAGGUUCACGUUCAAAAAGACAAGAGAAAAUUAUCAAUUAUGCACCUCAUUUAACAUCAGGUGGAAAUCGAAAUUCAACUGAUAAUUUAAUUCAAUCAUCUAUCGAUGUUACUCUAUCAACCAAUUCUUCACGUGAUGAACGACAACAGCAACACCACCAUCACCAACCUCAACAGCAACAGCAACAAUAUCAAAAUGCAACACCUAUUGAAGAUGAACUUCCUAUCAUAACGAUUGUUGGUAUUGAAGAUAAUGGUGAACGAGAAAAUGAAAAUCCAAUUGAUACAAAUGAUCCAUUAUUAACACCAUAUACAUCAUCAAAACCAGUAAUACCAUCUCAAGUACAUUCAACACCUGAUGUUCAAAUAUCACGUUUUGAUAAAGAUCCAACCACAUCCAAAGCUGCUUUUGCUCGUUCACAAUUAGCUAAACGUUUUUCAAUAAAUCAAGCUCAACAACGUCCUAUACCUAUUCAAUCACUUUCAAAUACUAAUAAUAAUGAUUGUACAUCAACAACUGAUCAACAACAAACAGCUACAUCUCUUGCUGCAACUGUUGCUGCAUCAAUAGCCGUUUCUGUUACUCAACCAUUUCUUAAACUACAAAAUGAACUUGAACAAAAAAUGAAUACUGUUCUCGAUCAAAUUCAUCAACAACAAAAAACAUAUACAAAUGGUGUGGUUGUACCUGUAACAACAGUUCAACAAACAUCUGAUACAAAUAAAUUAUUAAAUGAUUGUGUUGAUACACGAAUGAAAUAUAUGGAGAAAGUGCAAGAACAACAACAGCAAGUACUUAAACAACUUGCUGAUCUUGUACAAACAACAAAACCAAAAUCUAAAUCACCUUUUUAUGAAGAUAAAAUAUCUACAUUAGAAUCAAAUACAACACCACAACAACAAAAACAAUGUCAUUUUCUUGAUGCACUUAUUGGAACAUCACCAUCACCUGUUCGUCAUACUAAAUCCCAUAAAAAACAUCAUACACGCAAGAAAACUUCAGUAUCACCAUCAGCAACAAAUAAACGUCCAAGUCGUGUUACUAAUACUAACACACGUGUUGGCAAAGCUCGAUCACCAGUUACAUUCAAACAACAACCACCUAACAGCCAUUUUAAUAUUGAACCAUCAUUACCAUAUGGUUGUUCAGUUUGUGAUCGUUCACGUUCACGUUCUCGAUCACAUUCGCCUGCAAAAGGUCUAUCACCUGAUUCAUCGUAUCCACGUCCAUUUAUUCCUUUUCCUCGACCACCAUCAAUAAUGUCUGAUGGUUUCAUUCCAUCAUCAACUUCAUUCAUAACUGGAAAUGCUCUAAAUGAUGCUUAUCCACCAUUUGAUAAAUAUUUAAAUACUUCUAUUCCACCAUUACCACUUCAACCAAAACCGAUUCGACCAAUUAAUGAAAAUCUUGAUCUACAUGAUCGUAUUAAACAAAUAGAUGAAGCAAAAAAUUUAUUAGAUGAAAAUUAUUUAACAUUGCAAAGACGGAAAAAUGAUGUUACUUCUUUAGAAGCUACAACAAAUGAAUCAUUACGUAUUCAACGUCUUGUUGAACAAUGUGUUAAACAAGUAACACGACAAGUACGUGAAGAAGUUAAACUUAAAUUAGAACAAGAUGAAAUACAUGUUGAGCAAAAACAAAAAAUAAUACCUACAAAAAAACGAGCAACAUCAAAUACACAAUUAGCUUUUGAUCGUCAUUCAACAACACGUACAGGAAAACAGACAACCCCGAUAACUGAAUCAACAACAUCAACACAACCGUAUAGUGAUGCAUUUAUGGAAGCCGUAUAUGGACGUUCAUUGUAUCAAAAAAUUAAAAAAGAUGGUAAACAACCCUAUUUUAAAUUAAAACAUCAAGCUGCUCAACAAGCUAAACAAGCAAAACAAAUUGAACAAAUACCAGUCAGAGAUACUGGAUUAAAAUCUUCACCACGUACAAUUGUGCCACCUCGUCGUGUAAUAGAAAAACCUAGUCUGACACCACAACCACCACCGCCAUCAGUACCACAACCUAUGUACGAACCGGAAUAUUAUACUCGUCCUGAUGGUGUUAUUCUUCUGGGUCCACCACAAAUCCGUGAUACACGUACUUUCCAACCAACUUAUAUACCUUCUGAACAUCGAUUAACACCUCAUGUUUUACCUAGUGUUGAUGUUAAUCCAUCAACAAAAAAAGUUCGUUUUGGUAAUAGAACUGAAUCAGUUAAAGUUGAUUUAGAUGACAAUGAAAGGUCUGAGAAUGAAGACGAUGAUGAUGAUGACGGACAAGGUAUUGAAAUUCCAGGUUAUCAUCAAACAAAAGAUGAUUAUCAACAGACAUAUGAUGGUCCGAGAUUUCCACCAACAAUUCCUCAUGAUGAAGGUUAUCGUAAUCGACAAUAUGAUACAUUACAAACAGGUGCUAUUGAUUGGUUAGAACAAGAAUUAAUUGCUCGUUUUAUGAGUCAAUUACAAAAUCAACAAACAACUGUACCUAUACAACAACAUCGUGAUGUUAUUAGUGCACGUUCAUCAAUAAGUUCUAGUAGUGAUGAUCGAAGUAUUCAUGAUCGUUUACUUGAUUUACUUGGACAAGAUGGUUUUCAAUUAUUUAUUGAUAUGGGACAACCAAUUGAUCAAGAUUUAAUUCAAGCAUUAACACGUGAAGUACUUGAAGAACGUAUUGCACAAAUGAUUGGUUUUCGAUCACCAAGAGAAAGUAUUCAUAUAGUACCACCACCUCCUGCUCCACCACCGCGUACAACAACACCUACAGCAACAGUAACAACAACGACAACAGCUUUAGUUGAUAAUUAUCAGUGGCCACAAGAACAUGCUAUAGCAACACCUCAACCAACUCCACCACAUUCACCACCACCACCUACACAUCAUGCACGUGUUGUUACUCCAGAAAUUACAGGUCACGAAAUUUCAUCUGAUAGUGGAUCUACUACACCACGUUCAGUUACUCCAUUUGAAGAUCUUGAUCGUCCUUUACCUACUGUACUUCAUCAUAGUAUUGGAACACCUGAUCCAAGUGAUAGUCCAUCACCACCUUCUACUCCGCGAGUACCGCAACCACCUAUUGUGCAACCACAACCACAACCGCCACCACCACCAUUACCACCAGUUAUUGAAAAACGUGAUGCAUCUACUAUGGCAUCUAUUGAAUUACCUCGUCCUCCUUCACCUCCUCGUCCACCACCUCCUGUUAUUAUUCCGCAACCACCACCCCGACCACCAUCUCCUCCAAGACUAAAGACACCUUCACCUGUAUCAUCAACAUCAUCGUCAUCAUCAUCAUCAUCAUCAUCGCCAACUAGUUCAAGCAGUUUAUCAACAUUUUCUAUUCCAUAUUCAUCAACUGACAGUCCAUUUAGUGAUCAUGCAUGGUUUGACGAUCGAAGUGAAGGUCAAAUUGAUUUAUUAGGUCGAGAUCGACCACAUACAGAACUUAUUAUGAAACAAGCACAACGACUAUUAGAUCAACGACGUCGAUAUUCCUCAGUAACACCUGCUAGUAUGAGUAUAACAACACCACCUUUUUCACCUGCUGGCGGUACUCAUACAUUAUCUAUUGGUGAAAUUCCUCCUCAAUUUCCAGGUUCAAUUCCUUUUCAGCAGCAAGAAAAUGGACAUACAACUCCGCCAGGAUCUGAUGAAAGUAAUAAUUCUGGUAAAAGUGAAGGUGAAGUUACUUCAAGUAUGAUGAUGAAUCAACCAAUGCAAGCAAUGCAUAUUAAAUAUAGAAAAUCAUCUCAGGGCUUUUUAGGAAAAAAGAAUAACCGAAAAUAA